UCACCCUUGUGCUCAGUUGCCUGUCCAAGACACUCGUCCAGGGUGCCGGGUGUGUGGAAGGUACCCUCCGACGAGACAAUUACGACUGUAAUGUCUUCUACCAGUGUACCCACAAUGUAUGGCAGAUAAAAAACUGCCCGGGAAGUCUAAUCUUUAACUCGAACACAAACAUCUGUGACUAUGAGAGAUACUCCAACCCGUGCAUCAUAAUCACAACAGGGUCUGAUCAGGGGACGACCCCUGGGGACACUACACCAGGCUACCAGCAGACUACGUCAUCGCCUGAGCAGACAACUGCAAGCAAUGACCAAUCUACUAGCGAAACGACACAAAGCCCUUCAUGGCAAAACAUCUAUCUUUACUUAUUCCCCUUGUUUUUAUCCACCGGAAGUGCUGAGCUUGACCACACACUUCUCAUUACGUCAGCAACGUCUGCAGCCGUGGUGGUGGACGUCCACACAGAGACCUACAGCUCCCAACCGCAACAACAUGACGACAGGGUCACCUACUUUCUGAUACAAACGCCGAUAAUUCCGCCGUCGAUAAAGCAUGUCUUCAACCAGUCACACUCUGCCCCAGUGUUGGGACAGGACGAAGCCCGAAUCGUUGUUGUUUCGUCUAGCGGACCGGUAGAAAUUGUUUAUAUUCGUACUCUGACAACUUCAGGGCUUUUGUCAUCUUCAUCGAGGAUAUACUCCACUUUAACUGCGAAAACCUGUUAUCUGAUCUCAACCCCGGCAAAUCACCAGGAAGCCGGCAAUUCUUUUACAUCUACUAUUUUUAUAAUAGCUGUGUCGAGUGCUACACACGUGCAGGUGAGAUUUCCAGGAGACAGGGAGCCCAAUCUUUCGCUCACUGUUGAUGGUAUAACGAUUGGGCGGCCACAGACACUCUCUUUCUCGCUGCAGUUCAACGAGUCGGUUUCGUUCCAGGGUAAUUCUGAUCUCAGUGGGACAUUCAUUCAAGCAAAUGAUUCGGUGAUUGUCUUCAGCGGAUUUAAAGACAUGUCGGUUUUUACGUUCCAACAACCUCUACCCGUGGACGCUAUGUCCCACACGUACGUCUCGUUCCCGCCUCCCGGCGACUUCUCAGACAUCUACCUGGCAAUCGCCAUCUACGGAGAUACCACCAUUGAGGUCCCAGAUCAGUUGGCGAAUGGAGACCCUGCUAUCGAAAAUAGCUACCUUCGUGUGCCUGGAGAUGCAGUGAGCUUUUCUCUGAAACAUGAAGGCUAUCACGUCAUCACUUCGACCAAACCCAUCUCUUUGAGGAAGACCUCAAAAAGUCUAGACCACCCCACGAUCAACUGGUGCUCAUUCAGCCUAAUCCCUAAGGCUUUCUGGUCACCUCGGUACUCGUGGAAUCUCCCUGCUGACCUCUACUCGGACACACAAACAGUGACUCUCUACGUAGUCAUAGACACGGGAAGCCGUCAUCUUCUCAGAAAGGACGGGACACCACUAAAUUCCCUGACAUGGACUCCCGUUCUGAUUGGCUCAGCGACUGCUCUCGAUUUGUCAGGGUCGAGCCAAGUGCUGGCUGAUUUUGGAAAUCAUGUGAUUGACACCGACCUAUCGGGAGUUCGUUUUACGGCCUAUCUUUUCCUUAGUGGAAGCGGGAAUUUCGCGUGUCAGUUUUUAGUGCAAGAGGAUGAAUGGUCUGCAAGUCUCAGCGAGCACAGCCCACCGCACAGCUGUAACUGGCUGGGGUUAGAAACCGCCUCGUUGAUAAAACAAGGGUUCGACGACGCUCCAGAGCCAACAAACAGCUCCUCUACCCCCGCCGGUUAUGCAACUGCCACGACUGAACAGAAUACAAUACUGAACACAGAAAACAACGACAACGCUGUUACUGCUACUGCUGCUGCUGCUGCUGCUGCUGCCGAUGCCGGUGCCGAUGCCCCUGUGACAGAACUGAACAUCACUGAAGAUUUAACCCAAGCUCUGAUCAGAGCAAUACAUGAAGAUCUUAUCGUAAACCCGAAAUCAACGUCGACGAGCAUACGCAAAAAGAUCAGCAUACCGGAUUACAGGACAUCCAGUAUAGGAAUCGGAACUCUUGGUAUCGUGUUCUGUUCUAUGGUUCUAGUGGCCGUCAUGGUCGCAGAUGCUGUUCGGUUUUUCUCAUGGUUCCACAACUCUGUGCGUCAUUAAAAAGAAGGAACGAU